GUGUCCUUCGUUCAGUCCUAGGAAAGCAACAGCUCUAAUUUUUCUGCUUCACAAAUGGAUUCCAUAGAGGAGUGUGUUCUUUCUGAUAAAAUACUAGUUGGUAUUUCACUUGAUGGACGGGUGAGCAGUGAGCUGCUCUCAUGGGCUAUUGGAAAUGCAGCUCAUCCAAAUGACACCAUCAUAGCCUUGCAUGUUCUCGUUGGGAAAGGGGAGAAGAAAAUUAACUCUGAUAAGACUAGAUUUCGCCAAGCAAAAGCUUUUGUAAUUUCCUUGCUUGGAGAGUUCACCGACAUCUGCCAAACUAAGCAGGUGAAUUUGGAGGCUAAAGUCAGGAGCAGCUCGAGCAUUGGAAGGGGCCUUACAGAUGAGGCAGCAUUGAUAGAAGCCAACUUUCUUCUUGUUGGUGGCUCAAGGAAUUCAUCUCAGAGAAAUUCAUUUGAAAUCAUGAAGUAUUGCUUCAAGUAUGCUCCUGAAGGCUGCUCGGUUAUUGCUGUUGGAAAACAAGGUCUGCCUCAAAAUGACACUGCUUUGGAGUCCCUAACAUGUGAAGGAAACCGAUCUUUGAGCUCGACAUGGAAUACCAAAAACAUCCAUGUUGGCAAGGCCCUGUCACCUCUGCAGAAGUUUUUUGAGUCAAAUUCCAAGAAAGAAAAGAGGCAUUCAUCCUGUGAAAGUAUCUGCGAGAAGAGCUCACCAAAAGCUGUUCUUGAUGGACCUGAGGGACAGAACCCUGCCCCAGAGGAGUGCUUGAGUCCCUCUCGCAAUAAGAAUAGGAGUCGCAUUCACACGAACAUUAGGAGGCGCCUGUCUUUUGUCAAGCUAUUUUUUCCUUUCUUUCGUUCACCAGAGGAAUUGGUUGGAAAGGAGACUGAUGUGUGUUCAACCUACACUGAAGACCAGAAGCCUUCUUGGAGAUGUUUUAGCUAUGAAGAGAUUUCUCGUGCUACAAAUAACUUCCAUCAUGACAAUAUGGUUGGUAGAGGAGGAUAUGCAGAAGUAUUCAGAGGAGACCUCCAAAACGGCCAAAGUGUGGCAGUGAAGAGAUUAGCUAAAGGCAACACCAGUGAGAAAAAAGAGAGAGAAUUCCUUACAGAACUAGGCAUAAUUGGGCAUGUGUCCCAUCCAAACACAGCCUUCCUUAUAGGCUGCUGCAUUGAGAAUGGACUUCAUUUGAUCUUUGAUUUCUCUCCAAAUGGAAGCUUGGCAUCAGCUUUGCAUGGUAAAAAUGGCAAGUUUCUCGAGUGGUCGGUGAGAUAUAAGAUAGCAAUAGGGAUUGCUAGAGGCCUGCACUACCUGCACAGAUGCUGCAGGCGCCGAAUUAUUCACCGUGAUAUAAAGGCCUCCAAUGUUCUUCUUGGACCAGACUUUGAACCCCAGAUUUCAGAUUUUGGACUGGCAAAAUGGCUUCCAAAACAAUGGACUCAUCACUAUAUCAUCCCAAUAGAGGGCACUUUUGGGUAUUUGGCGCCAGAGUACUUCAUGCAUGGCAUUGUUGAUGAGAAGACUGACGUUUUUGCCUUUGGGGUUCUGCUAUUGGAGAUUGUUACUGGCAGGAGGCCUGUGGACUCAUCAAAGCCGAGCCUGCUCCUUUGGGCCAAGCCACUCAUAGAGUCUGGGAAAAUAGCUGAACUAGCUGACCCAAAGCUUGAAGGCAAAUAUGACAUGGGUCAGUUGCAGAGAUUAGUGCUUACUGCCUCCUAUUGCGUGAGACAGACAUCUAUAUGGCGUCCUUCGAUGAGUGAGGUGCUACAGCUCCUAACAGACCGCGAUGACCUCGAAGUAGUACAGAGCUGGUGGAUGCCUGAAAGCCAGAUUGAUGAGAUGGAUGACUGGAGUUUGGGUACAGACUUCCAUCAUCCCCACUAGCCAUCUGGUCAUAAAUUGAUGGUUGGCCUGGAGUUGGUUUUCUUGUUUUUUAAUUGUUUUAUUUUGUUCCUUUUUUGCUUUUUUGGCACUUGGUUAGGAAUGAGCAAGCUUGACUUGUAACUACGUGAUGUUGUUUGGUGUUUCUAAAUUAUGGUGAUACACAUGCCUGUCAAAGUUUUUA